AUGGCUGGUGAUUUCUUCCUCGAUAGCCCUGUCCCCCCGAAGCUCGACCUCACUGGUGCACGGUCACAGUUCUAUCGCUCUCCUCGAACUCCAUCCGCGACAUCGUCCCUCAGUCGUUCGGUAACGUCUUCAGGUCACCCAAACAGUCGCAAGCGUGCAAGAUACGGCUAUAAUGACUUCGAUAGCCAUCAUACAUCAAGCAGUCUCGCAUGGGGAGGAGACCUCUCAACUCAGUUUACUGAUCCGACCAGCCCUGCUCCGCUUGCGAAUACCGACUACAGAUUAGCUGGCGGGGGUUUGGAAGCACACAAAGUGCCCCUUGCAUCUGCUGGAACGGCACUGGAGCUUGAAGAUAAUGGAGCGGAGCUAGACUAUAGACCUAGUCGAUACUCUACGUAUCCGCUAACAACAGGUGAAGGGAAUAAGAGGAAACGAGAAAGGCCGACCUCGGCUGGCAAUGACACAGAAGAAAUUGAUGAUUCAUCUGUAUCGACAUCGUUUGGCUGGGGAAGAGCCGUGAUGAACCUGGUUGGAGGAGUCGCAGGAAAAGUCUGGGACUUCUGUUGGUCUGGUGCAUUCCGUGGUUUCUAUGCUGGCGGAGGGAGAGGCUACGAUAUGGAUGCCCCAGCAGUGACUGCGGGGGUCACGCCGUCUCUCGAUCAAAGUGCCUGGGAGAAGCUAAAUCAGCUUGAAAGCCCGCUGACCCCAAAACCUUUGAUAUCCAAUGACCCCGCUUCCAUCGAUAGACCCCACCCAGACAGCGAUUGGGUGCUGGUUAAGACCGAGAAACGUUUCGGCGAAACCACUCCGUCAUCUUUGCCCCGCAGGGUUAAUCGUCGAGGUAGUUUGACACACCACGGUGGUUUGCGAAGGCAAGGUGCCAAAUCUACACCAAAGAAGCCUAGUUUGAUUCCGGUCAGACCAUCCUCCUCACUGGCCCAGAAAUACCAGUACUCUUCCACUUUUUCACCCAGCUCUCCAGCUCCCAGUAACCCUUCAAGAACACCGAAGGAGAGCCCUCUCGCUCUCGAGGCCCAGCGAUAUGCCGCGAAGAUCCGUCGCAGGGAAAAGGAGGAAGACGCAAGCAUUCGUCGACUAAACCAACAACUAAAAGCUAUGAUCCGGGAAGGAAAAGAAGCGCUGGGGACGAAAAUUGAAAUUGACGAGACGAUGGACGUUGAUGACUACGAAUGAUUUUUUUUUUUUUUUUUUUUAACCUCGAUUCCCGCUGUUCAUUUCGGUUCAUUUGAGCGUCUUAUUGUUAUCGAGUAUUCCUAUUUAUGCAUUGCCCAGAGCUGUUGUGCUCGUCGAUAAGCCUUCUUUCUUCUAACGAUGAUACGGCCUCUGUGUUCAUUUGAUACCAUUUUCCAUGCCGAAGGAGAGUUGCAUACUGCCAACGAUGAUAAGCUAUAUUGUGCUCUUCGUUCGCCAGUGAAAACACCGCUGUUACGAUAUGUCGACUCCUUUUUUUCCCUCCUCCGGGUUCCCAGGGACCCCUUACGGGCAUCAUUGUUUUUUUCAUUCUAUGCAAUGUUGUCUCACUGCCUCUAUUUUCUGUGCUUCCAUGUCAGAGCUGUAAUUUACUGAUUUGUUCAUUCGCUGAGUCUGAUGUAUCAGCUGUCUAGGCAGAUAGCAAUGCUAUGAUCUUUGCUACUUGCAGAUUGACCCGCCAACAGCGACUUGAUUGCUUUUUA